AUGCACCCGCUUGCCCUGUCCUCCAGCUCGCUCCUCCGCCUCAUCAAGUCGCUCUCGCCGGCGGCGCCGGGGGCGCUCCUGUCGGCCGCCGCCAUCCACUGCCUCCUCCUCAAGCCGGGGCUCCUCCACGCCGGGGCGCACCUCCCCACGGCCCUGCUCACGGCCUACGCCGCGCUCGGCCGCCCGGCCCACGCGCGGGCUCUGUUCGAUGAAAUGCCCGAUCAGGGCCUCGUCGCGCGCACCGCCAUGGCGCGGGCGCACGCGGCGUCCGGGCAGCCGGCCCAGGCCCUCCGGGUGUUCCGCGGCAUGCUCGCGGACGGCCUCGCCCCGGACAACGUUGCCCUGGCCGUCGUGCUGGCCGCGUGCCACUCUCGCACGCUGGCCGCGGGAAGGAUGGUCCAUGCUUUCGUCGUCGUCAGCGGCAUCGAGCCGGACAUGUUCGUCUCUACCCAGCUUGUGAGAGUCUACGGGGAGCGCGGGGAGCUCGCGGUCUCCAGGAGGGUGUUCGACGACAUGCCGGCGAAGAGUGCCGUCGCCUGGAACACCAUGGUGCAUCAGUAUGUCAGGAAUAGACAUGUGGAGGCUGCGUACCAGCUCUUUCUUGCCAUGCCGAGGAGGGAUGUGGUGUCGUGGAACACGGUGAUAGCAGGGUAUUGCCUGGUCGGCCGGUGCAGGGAGGCGCUAGGCUUGUUCCGCCAGAUGGUGUCUCCGUCCUCAUGCCCGGUGCACCCGAAUGGGCCUACAAUGUCCACUGUCCUUGGUGCCUGUGGAGCUGCAGGGUGUUUGGAGACUGGGAUUUGGGUCCAUGCGUAUAUUGACAAGAAUCGGAUGAAUCACAAUGGCACACUGGAUAGAUGCUUGAUAGACAUGUACGCCAAAUGUGGAAGCAUUGACACGGCCUUGCAGGUGUUUGAGAAGGCACCUGGGAAGAGGGACCUCUACUCAUGGACAACAGUGAUUUGUGGACUAGCGAUGCAUGGUCGUGCCGCUGAUGCCUUGCGGAUGUUUCACAUGAUGCAAGAUGGUGGUAUGCGCCCUGAUGAUGUUACUCUCGUCGGGGUCCUGAAUGCGUGUGCACAUGGAGGGCUAGUGGACCAAGGCCUUGACUACUUCUACUCCAUGCAGGAGAAAUAUGGAAUCACACCCAAGAUUGAACACUAUGGCUGCAUGGUCGAUCUUCUCGGCCGCGUCGGGCGAUUGGCAGAGGCAUAUAGGAUGAUAAAGACAAUGCCAAUGAAACCUAACAUGGUGAUAUGGGGAGCCUUCCUGAGCGCAUGCAAAGUCCAUGGCAGCUUGGAGCUUGCCGAGAUUGCGGCGGCGGAAGUUACCAGGUUGGAUCCGGAUGACCCUUGGGCAAGGGUGAUGAUGUCCAGCAUGUACGCAAAAGCCCAGAACUGGAGCGGCCUCGCCAGGGAGAGGAGGGAAAUGAACAGCCUGCGGAUGAAGAAAACUCCAGGGUGCAGCUCGGUCGAGCUUGACGGUGAGGUGCAUGAGUUUGUGGCCGGUGGCAGCCAGCAUCCUCUGCAUGCUGAGAUUUGUACUGUGCUGGAGUGUGUUGAGGCGCAGUCACAUACAGGUUGAGACACGCAAAGCUCUUGUGCUGGGAUUUUUUGCAGGUGGAGCUAAGGGUGAAAAUUUAAUGAUUUAUUGAGCCUUUCAGUAUGGUGGUGCUGAGCUCUUUCCUUUGUGAGCCAGCAUACAGAGGAGGGCCUAAGAAAAAAAAUUCAGUUGGUCAUAAUGCGAAGAACUCAUGAAGUUAAUAAGCUGCCAGCACCGAGUAAAUGUUGAAGCUGUUGUGGCCAUUGUGCACUUCAAUUCAGAAUCCCGUUGGUAAGCUAAGAAUGCCUGAGCUGGAAGCCUGGAAGCGGAGUUGAAUAUCCUACAUUCUUGCACCAAUGUUCUUGCAUCAGCCAAGCCGUGGUAUUGUCAGUGGAUAUCGCCAACCAAUCAUCCCUGUCAUCAAACCAAACACAACCUAACUGUAUAUCGCGACGCACACUCAUGACUUAGUGUGUCAUGGUUAUCGAGAUGGAGAGGGCGCCACAAUCCUAGUCGCAGGAAUUAUUUGCUAUGAACCGGAAAAGUUUGUUGAUGGAAAAAAUAAUACUGUCUAGUGGAUACUGACGAAUUAUAUGGAUUCUUUGCAUUGCUGGCAGCUAGCAUAUUGUCAUCUAUCAAACAGUCAGAUAUUUUGUCCAAUCGUGAUGUGGCGCGUGUGCGCCUAUGCAAUUUGCCCUCUGCGCCCCCUCCUCUG